AUGAAAGUCCGUAUACACCAUUUCUCGAAAUUUCCGUUUUUCCGCAAACUUGAAAACCUCACCGCAAGCACCAUCACAAGAGUUUCACGUGUGCUUUUUGCCGAACAAGGCAUCCCAGAGGUUAUCUUAUGUGACAAUGGCACGCAGUUCACCUCUUCCCAAUUCCGAGCCCUAGCACAGCAGUACGGAUUUCAGAUCCAAACUUCCUCACUGUUCUACCCCAGAGGUCAUGGAUUCAUUGAAAGACAUAUCCAAACAGUGAAGAGAGUCCUCACCAAAUGUCGAGAGUCGGGGGACGAUCCCAACUUAGCCCUCCUAACUCUCCAUGCAACUCCACUCAAGGCAAACCUUGCAUCCCCUGCGGAGCUACUGAACAGAAGGAAAUACAAGAUGACACUACCUUCAGUUCAGCACCCUCCACCAGAUCGAGAAGAUGUGCGAGAUAUACUGCAGGCAGACCAGUCUUCGCAAACGCAAUACUACAACAGACGCUCUACCAGUACCCCUAUCCAAGAACUUCUCAAUGACCAACCCAUCUACAUCCAAAAUCCGAUUAACAAAACCUGGAGCCAAGGUAGAGUUAUGAGCAAAUCAACUACUCCUCGAUCCUACAAUGUGGAAACGGAAAGUGGAAGUCAGCUCAGAGGUUACAGGAUUCAUCUGUGA